CGCUGGGUGCUGGACACAGGAGGGUGAAGCUGUGGUUCUGUCACUGACUCAAUGGCAGAUAUUUUGCCAGCUCAUCAUCUCCCCUUUUCUGAAAUAGAAGACUGGAGCACCUUUCCCUGCGUCUCUGAUGUGGGUCAGUGAGCUCAUGUGAAGCAUUUGGAGGUGCUAGAAGAUCCAGUUCUGCUGGAUUAUUGCGACUGUGUUACAAAAGUCUCCAAGAAAUCCUGUGUAUGUGAUGAGAACUUCUGGGCACAGGAGUUUCAUGAGACAUGAGCCUUUUACUCUCUUCCGUGCCUGUUUUUUUCAAUCAGCCAGGAUAGCCCCCAUCUCUACCAUGUUUCUUCUGGUUCCCGUGGAGACCACAGCUCAUAGAUAGAGGGAGGGUUGUUCCCUAGCAACCAUCUCUCCUGUUCAGCCUGCAUCCCACCUCUAUACCUGGACUGGACUUCAGCAGGACCUGCCUGCUUGUAAAAAUCACUGUGGCCCCACAUCAGGGAUCAUGGACCAAGUGAGAGAGGGGGUGCCAGAAGUUCCACCUUCCCGUGCACCUGACAUGGCAAAAAGUGACUCUGUGCUGACCAACUUCAGCACAGGUACUUCAGUGAAACCUGAGGAAGUGAAAAAGGAGCUUCUUCCAAAAGGCUUACGUCCCAGCAGACAGAGAACAUCCCAAAGGAGCUCCAGCAGAGCCUCCUGGAAGACCCCCAAGGACCCAGUGGCUCAAGGAAGAGCAAAGAAUUCCACCUCUAUUAAAUCCCAGGCAUCUCCUUCUGCAAAAUGUGUUCAGACUGAAAACCAGAGCAAAGAGAGUCUCCAGGCUAAAACUCCCCCCAGGCAGGAUCUUCAUUCAAGAAGCCUUGAAGAGGAAAGAGAAGAUACUUCUGCCACCAUAGACCCCAUAGUGGUGCAGAAGCCAAUACAGAGCAGCAGCACUUCUCAUCUGUCUGCAAUAUCCAAGCAGAUGGAGGCAGAAGACACCAAAUCCAUCUCAAAUGCCCAAGAACUAGUAGCAGGCCAGAAGCAAACACUGAGGUCUAGAGGACAUGGAUCUUCCCAGAAGACUAUCAAAGCCAGCUACAAAAAAGCCAAGGAGACCUGCAGCAGAUUAAGUUCCAAAGAGUCCUUAGGGUCAUCAGAGUCAGAUAUGAAAGAAGAAUGGAAGCAACUUCUGGAGAAGAGAAACAGCAAAGUUAAAUGUGCCAAUGCAGAUGAACUUACUAGCGACGAAGAGGAACGGCGAGCUCUGUGCAUGGCGGCAUUAAUCAUGGGACAGAAAAGACUCAGCGACCGCACUGAAAUGCUGAAAGACCCCUUGAACUGUACACCUUUUGCUGAUUACAACCAGCUGGGUUUUAACCUGAGGUCAAAUAUCUUCCAAGGUGGCCCACUGGAGAGCCGAAGCUUGAUGAAAGAUUCCUACACCCCUGAUAUAAUUCAGAAGGCAAUCAGGGAUCCUAAGAAUUGGCAUGGAAGGAGGACCGAUGAGCUAGGGAAAUGGCAUCAGAAAAAUGCCCUAAAUCUUAAACUACAGAAAGCACUGGAGGACAAAUAUGGGAAGAAAAAAGAGAAGCCUUAGAAGAUGAAGGUUGAGGUUUGGAGUGCAUUCGGCGAGUGACCUCUUUCCUCAGCCGUCUAAUAAACCUCCACAUAAAGCAGAAGCUCAUUACUUGCUAGGUGUCAACAGCAUAUUUGUUGCUGGUGCUCUCUUCCCCUCUCAAUUAGGAUGCCCUUGGGGAGAAGAUUGCAAGAUAAAUCUGAAUAUUAAUACAAAAAAAAAAUCACUUUGUUGGUCACUGGUUAGGUGGUCUUGAUGAGCGUGUGAGGCCCACACCUUUGCAGAGGGAUGUGGGGGUGACCAGCAGUCCAGAGGGAAGUACAGAAGGUGCACUGGGAAUGAACCAGAGCCGCCCAAGGACCUGAAUGCUGCUUACCUCUCCCCACCCUGAAGGCUGUAAAGCUGGCACACAGGGAAGCUUCAGAGCUGUGUGUAUGUGGCAGCUGGACACACCAAGCAAAGACCCAGCUCCCUGUUGAUGCUUCUGAGGUGAAUUUGGACUCUCUGCCA